AUGAUCAUUGGUAUAGGAAUUGAUAUGAUCCAUAUACCACGUAUUUAUAGAUUAAUCAAUAAAAAUAGACCAUUAAGAUUGGAACAACAAAAUCAACAUCAAUCACCAAUAAUAACUUUUGAAGAAAGAUUUUCAAAAAGAAUAUUGAAUGAUUAUGAAUUGACACAAUUAAAUAACGAAUUAUCAUCAUUACCAUUUGAUUUUUUUAACGUUAACAAAGAAUUGUUUUAUAACCAUGUUUCUAAAUUUUUGGCUGUUAGAUGGGCAUUAAAAGAAGCAACUUAUAAAGCAAUUUACCCAAUGUACAAAUUAACAUGGAAAGAAAUUACUAUCAAGAAAAUUGAAGACAAUAAAGAUUCAUUGUUCAGUUUCUCAUGA